GUGCAGGAGGAACGUCAGCCCCCUCCCCUCGGUGAUCACUAUUACGGCAGUGACGGGUUGCUCGUUGUCAACCCAAAUGGACGUCAUCCGAUUUUUGAGCUUAUGGAACGAGCGGAGGAGGCUUGGUCAAAGAAGCUCGGGCGCGCAAGCAAAACACUUCCCGAAGCUGUUGCAGAAUAUAAACGAAGAUAUCACAGGCCUCCUCCAAUUCACUUCGAGAAAUGGUGGGACUAUGUAGUGGCAAACAACGUCCAACUUCCAGAUGAAUACGACGAGAUAUAUCAAGAUUUGGAACCUUACUGGGGUAUCGACGCCCUGGACUUCCAGACGAACAGAGAGCAACUGGAGGCGCAAGAAAAUACUAUUGUUCUUGCAAAAACAGAUCAAAACUCCUUCAUCGAAAUCGUCGGCUACCAUUUGCCACAAGAUGCUACCGAAAGGCUCAUCGGUCGCAUUGACAAUGUACUAAAACUCCUCCAGGAUGUACAAGAUGCUCUUCCUCCUUUCCGCGCCGUUUUUUCGCCUCAUGACAAUCCCAGUAUGCUAUCAGAUUAUGGUAUCAAAUCGAUGGCGCUUGAAGCGGCUGCCGCUGGACAUACUCUAAAACAGGGUGAAUUACCACCGGCACAGCGGUCUGGAUGGCUCUCUGCCUGCCAGGCAUCAUCUCCAGCGUGGCAACAUCCCGUUGAUCUUGAUAACCCCCCUGAGCGCGCACCUAACAAAACCUUCAUCUCCGACCAUCGCCUCUCGAUGGACCCGUGCCUGAAUCCUUCUCUUCUCCACAACCACGGCCAGUUUCUGUCGCACGACAAAGGGCCAGAUCCCCGGAGCACACUCAUUCCUCGUUUUUCUCUCUGUUCGACAGUGAUUCAUCAUGAUAUUCGACCGGCUGUCCCUUAUGGCUGGGUCGAGGACCUUCCUGUCUCAGACAACCCGCCGUGGGAAGAUAGGAUAGACGAAAGAUUACUCUGGCGCGGUACUAAUACUGGCAUAUUUCAUGGCACCCAUACCAGGUGGCGGCAAGGGCACAGAGACCAUCUAAUACAGUUUGUCAACGAUAUGGCAGGAACAGCGGAUGUGCUUCGUUCGCCUCUGAAUGACUCUGAGCCUGUUGGAGAGCCCGUACCUAUGCGCAAAGCAUACCUCAAUCCUGCAUUAAUCGACAUUCAAUUCGCCGGAAAGGCAGGUUCCUGCGCAUUAGACCUCUGUGAUCAGCUGGAUAGACUUUAUGACUGGAGAAAAAUGCAGACCCUUCAAGAGGCUGGCCAUUAUAAAUAUGUUUUUGAUGUCGAUGGACAUGGCUGGUCAGGGCGGUUCAAGCGGCUCAUCACAUCAAACGCUCUUCCAUUCAAAGCUACGAUAUAUCCUGAGUGGUUUAUGGAUCGAGUCGCGCCUUGGGUGCACUAUGUACCCAUACAGGUUGAUUUGUCCGAUUUAUAUGAUACAUUUACUUUCUUCCGUGGGGGACCCCAAGGAGAAGGUGCGCAUGACGAGUUGGCGAAGAAAAUAGCAACGGCCGGGCGCGAAUGGAGCCAAAGAUACUGGAGACGGGAAGAUCUGACAGCAUACACGUUUCGUUUAUUCCUCGAGUAUGCACGCGUCUCCAGCCUUGACCGUGAUGCAAUGACAUACAAAGAGGACUUAUAGUAGUACUGUUGUAUCGUACUUUAUUUAGGAUCACGAGUUGAUGGACCCUAUAGGUAAUCUUUCUUGACGAGUGCUCUCGUGGGUUGCAGUUGCAUAAUCGGACUGCUUUGAGGAGAUGGGUCAUUUGAUUCCCUCCAAGGACCUAGCCAGUUUCCCAGAUCUAACUGUCGUUAGCUAGUCAUUACUCACUGCAAUAUCGAACUUUGAAGAUGCAUCUAGAUAUAACUAUUAAUAUAUGUUGGCCCAAUUGGCCUUGCAAUUGCGCCUCACGGCGAUCGACAGGAAAGUGGCGUAUUGAUGAUGAUCGAUAUCGUGGACGAGGGAAAAGCUUGGCAAAAAAGUGGAGUCGAG